AUGGAUCUCAAAGUAGAAACCGAGGAGAUGGACACGAAUCAACCUCCGCCCAUACAAGUUUUUGCGCACAAUUCAACCCUGCACGGAAUCUCGCACAUCUUCACCUACGAGCGGGUUUGCAUCAAGCGCUGCCUGUGGGUCGUGUUCUUCCUCGGCUCCCUGACCUUCUUGCUCUACGUGUGCGUGGAUCGCAUCCACUUCUACUUGGAGUAUCCCCACGUCACCAAACUGGACGAGGUCACGAGCCCGGCGAUGGUGUUCCCCGCUGUCACAUUUUGCAACCUGAACGCGUUCCGCUUCAGUCGGGUGACGCGCAACGACUUGUACCACGCAGGGGAGCUGCUGGCCUUGCUCAACCAGAGGUAUGAGAUCCGGGACGUGCACCUUGUGGAGGAGAGCGUCCUGGAGACCCUGAAGGUCAAAGCGGACUUCCACAAUUUCAAGCCACGUCCCUUCAACAUGCGGGAAUUCUACGACCGCACCGGUCACGACAUCAACGACAUGCUGCUGUCCUGUCACUUCCACGGGUCAGAGUGCAGAGCGGAGGACUUCAAAGUUGUCUUCACCCGCUAUGGGAAGUGUUACACCUUUAACGCCGGGGGUGACGGGCAUGCUCCACUCAUCACAACCAAGGGAGGUAUGGGUAAUGGCCUGGAGCUCAUGCUGGACAUUCAGCAGGAUGAAUACCUACCUGUCUGGGGGGAAACAGAUGAGACAUCAUUUGAAGCCGGGGUCAAAGUUCAGAUUCACAGUCAGGAUGAGCCCUCCUUCAUUGACCAGCUGGGGUUCGGAGUGGCACCUGGGUUUCAGACGUUCGUGUCUUGCCAGGAACAGAGGCUGAUCUACCUCCCCCCGCCUUGGGGAGACUGUAAGGUGACUCCCAUGGACUCCGACUUCUUUGACAGUUACAGCAUCACGGCCUGCCGUAUCGACUGUGAAACACGCUACCUAGUGGACAACUGUAACUGUCGCAUGGUGCACAUGCCCGGCGAUGCGCCCUACUGCACCCCUGAGCUGUACAAAGAAUGUGCUGACCCAGCUCUUGACUUCCUGGUGGAGAGAGAUAAUGAUUUCUGUGUGUGUGAGACACCGUGCAACAUGACCAGAUACAGCAAAGAGCUGUCGUUUGUCAAGAUCCCCAGCAAGGCCUCUGCUAAGUACCUCGCAAAGAAAUACAACAAGUCUGAGCAGUAUAUUGCUGAGAACAUCCUGGUUUUGGACAUCUUCUUUGAGGCUCUCAAUUAUGAGACUAUUGAACAGAAGAAAGCUUAUGAAGUCGCUGGACUUUUAGGUGACAUUGGCGGUCAAAUGGGACUUUUUAUCGGGGCGAGCAUACUUACUAUUCUGGAGUUAUUUGAUUACAUUUAUGAGGUGAUGAAGUACAAGUUGUGUCGCUGCUCUGAUAAGAAGCACAAGCACAACAACAACAAUGACCAGGGGACUGUCCUGAGCCUGGAUGAUGUAAAGUGUCACGUGACUAACUUUCACUAGGCUCGUCCCGCCGUGAGAAGGGGGUAGACACGCUCCCUCGAUCCCUUAAGCCGUUCCCCAUGGACAUCGUUCAUCACCGUGAGCCAGAUCGCUGGUGCAAAAGAGAAUGUGUUUGAGUUUGUUGUGCCUGCUUGAGGUUUUUGCGAGACAUUAAGGUCCACGUGGCGGCUAAAGGAAGAGCCGCACACACAGCAGACCAGGAGUAAGGACAACCAGUGUUGUGAUGAAUUUUAAAAAUGUGACAGUAAGUUCAUUGGUCAUCUGUAAACACCUUCUCAAGACAUAAUGACGGAUACUGAAGCUUGAACUCAGCAAAAGUUCAGACGUGUUCAGUAAAAUCAGCUUUUGAAAUCCCAAUUACCCGGUGUUGCUUCUCAUCUUUCAUUCUGAGGAACAGUGAUAAAUUAGUGUCCCCUUCCAAAGUCUCUUUCAUUAUGAUUUUAGCUCAUUUGAUGUGUUGAGAAUCUGCAUGUCUGUCCUGCAUGUUCUUUCCUGUUCUGUCCCACUUGUUUCAAUUUCUUUUAGAAGUCUAGAUUUACUAUUCUUUUUUUCCCACCCCUUUUUUAAGUUUCCAAACUCUGCCCCUUACUCACUAACUAUCCAUUUCACAUUCAUCCAAAAAUCAUCUUAUCACAGGCUUCCCUUGGUCAGACUCUUGCAUAGCUCCUAUAUUCUGCCAAUAUACUACCUCAUUUUGCAGGGUGGCAGGACCCUGGAGAAUUCAUGAGCCAAAUUUUCAUGCUGAGAAAGAAAGGAUUGAAAAAAAAAAACCUCUGGCAUUACAAUAUACAUUAAAUUGUAUUUAUGAAGUACAUAAAUGAGUAAUAUCCAUUUUUAACCAGUAAAACAGAUGGAUACACAACAAUGAAAUCUAAUGCACAUAAACCAUAUGAUGAACAAAUCUUAAAAAGCUCGUCUCCCUGGCCACCAGGUGCUACACAGUAUUAUUUGCCUAAAGUAGCCUUCAGUGACAGUCAUUGUAUAGCUCACGAUAUAAUUUAAAGAUAUUAAGAGGAGCCUCUCAUCUCCUGCCAAAUGGAUGAAACGCAAAGAAUCUGAAUCAUUUUUUUUUUCUCCAUGAGAAUGUAACUGUACACUUCAACAUGUGGGCUACAUGUAGAUAUUCUUCAUCAACCAUCACAUUUAAGAGAUGUGACAGAGGAAGAUGAACUGAAUAAUAAUCUGUCUUAUCAAUGUUUUGUUGAAUGUGUUUUGCCAUCUUCAAGGUGCCAGCUGCUGUAGGUUGCAUGUAGCACUGUAAUGUAGCCUUCGGAUCUGUGAGCAGUAUAUUGGCAUGUUUGUCUGCCGUAUGUCAUCAUUUUGUCUGUUUGUGUGGUUGUGUUUUAUGAGCAUGUCAAAUUAGUGGGAGUGUGUGCAUAUGUGUGUGUGUGAGUGCCCGUGUGUGUGUGUGUGUGUGUCUGUGUGCAUGUGUGAGUGCAAUCUUGCCAGACGCCAAUGCCAUCAAAAUUGAAAAAGCAAAUUUCCAAAAGCUGCCCUUAUAUCCAAAACACUGUAUCUGUUAUCAGGUUUGCCGGCAGUCGGCAACCAUUUGGGGAUCGAGAAGUGCAUGUUUAUUUCUAUGCUGAGGUCUCAGAGAUUGUGUUUACAAAAAUCAAAUCAUCCAACCAUCGUUCUGUUGGAAUGGAUCUGUUUUCCACUCAUGCCCAUUUAGCCGAGCUGGAUGUUAUUCUCAAAAGAAAAUGAGAAUUGUAUAGUAUGUGGCCGUGUAGUGUUAUUAUCAAGCACAAUCGUACCAUCAGUUGUAAAUAAAUGUAAAAUACUGCAAGGACUAUGAUUAUUGUAUUAGCAUAGUCUCAUCUGUUCAGUGUUGUAUUUAUUGUAACUACUUAUUAUAGACUGCCUAUGUGUUCCUAUUCCAUUUUUUCUGUACAAAUGAUGCCUACCGGUUUACAUGUUUCCAGAUGGUUUAUUUAUCUAAGGCACAAUAAUGAUUAUUUAUUUGGGAUAAUAAUAAAGUAUGAGGCUGUUUUGUUUCUGCUCAUGUGGUUGCAAUCACAACUGCUUACACUUUAAAAGCUAUUUAUAUAUCGUUCAGCAGGCGAACAUGGACGACCAAGUGGUCAGGCAUCCCAAAAUAAGACCUCUGUCAAUUAUACUUCAUUUUUAUUAUUUUUAUGAUUUGUUUUGUUUUGUUUUGUUUUCCUUUUUUUUUCAUUUUCAACUGAAACAUUAAAGGAAAGUGUCGUUGUCUGGUGAUAUUGCUAAGUUAUGAAC